AUGGGUGUUCCUGCUUUGUGGGAAUUUAUAAAAACAGAUGACAGUGUCCGUCGAAUUCCCUUCAAACAGUUGGUAACUGAAUUCAAAACCGAUGCUGGAAGAACGCCUCGAUUAGCCAUCGAUGCCUUUGGUUGGCUUUUCGAGUGCGGUUUUUACGCAGAAAACGGUGUAAAUGACUCACCCAGCAAGUCUUACGGAGGAGACUCGCUGGCGAUUAUCUCACUAUUCAAACGUGUAAACGCUCUCAUUGCACUUGACGUAACUUUUGUUUUGGUGUUCGAUGGACCAUCGAAACCUGAGUUCAAGAAUAGAGCAAAGCUUAAAAAAGUGGUCGAAACUGAGUCGAAAGAUGCCAAUUAUGAGACCGCUGAGCAAGUGGUGGAUGGCACGGGCGCAUUGUUCGAAACCCAACCGUAUGAGUUGGACGACACUUUAUUCCCGGAUAAGCUAAACCUCGUCAAGCGCUUUUUGAAAGCUAUGAACAUCUCAUGGAUCGAUGCUAGUGGCGAAGGAGAGGCAGAGUGUGCAAGACUGCAGAAGUUGGGUUUGGUCGACUAUAUUAUUACAAAUGAUUCUGAUGCCUUCGUUUUUGGAGCCACCAAGGUACUACGCAACCUGUCAAGAUUUUGGGAAGAUGUACCAGCUUCUUACGCUGGUAGUACGAAGAAAAAGGACCACAAGGAGAGCUUCGUCACGAUCUUUGACAUUUCAGAGUUACGAAACUGGAAUCAGGAUCAAAUCGUUCUAUUUUACGCGCUAUUGGGCGCAGAUUAUAGCCAAGGUGUGCGAGGCCUGGGUCCUAAGAAGUCAGCCACUCUAGCUUUGUUAAGAGAACCUGAUUUUGCCUCGGAAUUCACAUCCAUAUUCAAAGAUCCACACUUGGACCCAAGGGAUCGACAGUUGCGCUAUAAGGCUUUUCAAGACAAGGUGUUCAAACACAGUCAAGCCAACAGUAACGAAUUGUUCGGCAGAAAUUACUUCAGAUCGUCUAGUGCAGAAAAUUUUCAAGGCUGGCCUUCUGAAGCCGCACUCAUGCAUUACUUUCAUCCUGUUUUAUCGUCCACGGUGGACUUGGCUAGUGUUGGCGGUGAUUUCAUCAAUAUCAGCGGUAACCUGACUCUUGAUGAGCAAAACUUCCGGCAACUGAUCGAACUUUUGAGCGAACACAAUAUAAGAAGCAUUUCAAACCUGAGAAAGUGGUUUCAUGAGUCCACUCACAACGCCUUUAUUCUCAAGAAGCUUCUGCAGUUCAACGGCUCAGAUUCCUCGCAUUUCAUGAAAAUAACAGACGAGUGGACUUCUGAAUGUUGCCAGGGAGUAUUCCACAUUGAAUAUUGGCGAAUUCGGUACAACACGUUCUUGCCAGGUGUCGAGGAACCGCAGAUCGAAGACUUUGAAGGCAGGAAUCUCAUUUCACGACCUGCCACGAGUAGCAGAAAAACGAGUCCAACAAAAAAACAGCUGGAAAGGGCAACCUACAAAUACAUGGCCUCUGUUCCCAAAAAGCUUGUUCCUGUGGACCAUCCCCUCGUACUGGAAUAUUGUUUGGAACGGGAGAAAGUACGAAACACACAAUCUCCGAGAAAACGAGCUGGUAGAAAACCCACUCCACAGAAAAACAAUCUGGACGAUUUUCUGAAGACCCACACGUCUCCUAGAAGAAAAUUAUCCAGCACGGACGCUCUUGAGAGCGUUGCACAACGCCUAGAGGCUCUUCCCACGAAACGACAACUUUUUGUUGGUGAAGAACCUGACCUGGACGAGUCCGAUGAUCCCUGGGUUGCAGACACCAGUUCUUUGAUUCUAGUUUCAGAGCACGAGUGUCAGACGGAAUGCGCGCCCACGUCACCAAAGCGAGGUUUACUCUUAACGCAGUAUGACGAAGAAUCAAAUUCCGGCAAGGAAGAACGAAAAGAAUCGCCGUUGAAAAAACGGCAUAUUACCACAACCCCAGCGAGAAACCGGGCCAUGAAAAACCCUAUUCUUUCGCAACAUAUAGAUCUCACAAACGACAGUGACGGAUGA